CCUACUUCACCCAUCCCUUUUUCAAAAACCCCAGAUGCUUGCCUGCUAGACACUAACUUCAGUCAAGAGAUGCCAGGGAGCGGACCUCAGAUGGUAAGAGCUUGACAAAUAAGUAAGUGGAUAAUUAGAUUGAAGAUUGUGAGUAAGUGAGUAAUUGUAAACCACCAAUACUGUACAUACUUUGUUGUUAUGUAACUUAUCAUGAAAAUAAUGUAGUUGUAUGGAGGAAUUGUUUUUUCUUUACCAGGUGAGGAGAAAGACAGACAUAGAGAGGCUGUUUCUCCAUUGAAUAGUAUUGAACACUUGUUCCUUCUGGAGCUGAGUACACAGAGCAUUCAAAUAGAGUGUGUCACCACUACUCUUAAAGGAACAACUGUGCAAUAUGCUACACUUUGCUGUGAGUACAUGGGGUCAGACUAUGUGCAGUAGGUUUUAGACAUGGGUUAGAUACAAGGUAAACAGCUCGUAUACCUGUGUAGUUAGACUGUAAUUACUCUAGUAGCAACAGAAGCAAUACCUUCAUCCUAUGUUGUUACUAGAGUAGCUACGGUGUAACGUCAUAGGUUUGAGAAACACGUAAUGUAAAGAGCAACUUAAAGUGUUACCAAAUACGAAUCAACAGUGGUAUGUUACCAUAGAGUUGAGUGUCUGAACCAGAGGUAUUGUAGAUUGUGACAGGUUUUCAAUAGGAGAUGGAUGUAGUGGUUUCAGUGAUGCUGUGAUGUGAAUAUGAAAUAGCCAGGAGCUGGCCACUGUGUUGCUUCCCCUCCGUCUCCAGUGAGCUGAGAUUGUUCUGGUGCCAGGGAUGUGUCGACUGCGGAGUAAGAGGCAGACACAUGUUUAAAGACAUUUGUCUUUUAUUGUUUAUUUUUGGGUCUAAUCCUUUGGAUUGUUUGAGAACCUGAUCUAGUGUGCAGAUAAUUGGGGUUACUAUUGUGAUAAAGUGAGUGAUAGACAAGAAUGCUCCAUUAUUAUUGUGCUAAUUAUGGGAGCCCAUGGCCCAGAUAGCACUCUGCACCUGCUUUAAAACUAAACACAUGAACUAAAACCGAAUAAAUUACAUUUGAUGAACCUGUCAUUGGCUUCAGACAGUACCAGGGUUGGGGUAAAUUCCAUCUCAAUUCCAGUCAAUUCUGAAAGUAAACCAAAUUCCAAUAUUUCCUAAUUGAAGAGCAUUGAAGGAAGACAACUGGAAUUUGAAUUUCAGUGUACUUCCUGAAUUGAGAGUUUACUGGAAUUCAAAUGUAAUUGACCCAUAGAGAAUGAUAGAGUCUAUGAGAUAUGUCUCCCGAGUGGCGCAGUGGUCUAAGGCACUGCAUCGCAGUGCUAGCUGUGCCACUAGAUGAAAAAUAAAAUAUGUAUGCACUCACUAACUGUAAGUCGCUCUGGAUAAGAGCGUCUGCUAAAUGACUAAAAUGUAAAAUGUAUAGAGGACUCUUUUUUUGGCAUCUGUGAGCACACAGGCAGCACCCUUGAGACCAUCUCCAUUUUAAGUAGUCAAUUUUCCUAUUCUACUACUUCUAUUAGAAACUGAAAGGGUGCAUGCUGCCACAUGGAGUGUGUUGUUUGAGCAGGUAUAAAUUAAUUGGCUGGUCCCUCCUGAUGAACCGGAUGGAAUGAUGUGAUCCUUCCUUAACCCAUUAGAAGUCCCACCCAGUUGACUACUUAAAAAUGGUGAAAGUCCUCAAUGGUGCUGCCCAUGCUAAAAUGGGCUUUUGGGCACUAGAGUCCUCUAUCUAUCUCUAUAAAUUAACCCCAUCCUUGAACAGUACUUCCUGUCAUUACUUCCUGCUUCCUGUCCCAGACUAUGUCGGCAGUGACCGCCCAGCCCCUCCCCUUCGGCCGUCUGGAGAGAGAGAAGCACAUCGAGAGUCUCUUCAGAGCCUUCCACAGUCGAAGGAGGCCCUCUGCCGAUCCCCAGGGUUUGCCUGGCUCCCUACCCCACCACGGGCCACCUGACCUGGGCUCAGAGGACCAGCGGCUGGGGCUAGGCCCUGGAGAUCCGGGGGGUAAAGGGGAGAAUGGCCACGUGAGGCCCAGGGCUUCUGGAGGGCCAGAGACAGCAGGACAGGAGGGCCUGGCUCUCCUGGACACAGUCAGCCAACUACAUAUCACAGCCAGGCCAGAGCUGCAAGGUUAGUGCAACUUCAUGUGUGAAAUAUACAGUUACAUCAGAGUAAAGAAUGAUUUUCUGCUAACAAUUUGCCCAAUGAUACUAUCAUACACUGUAUGAUGUGUAUAUUAGUGAUAGUCCCUUUGACCUGGUCGUGUCAUGCUGCUGUGUUCCAGGUCCUCAAUGUGUGUCCCGCAGGACCUACAGCAUUGCCACCGUGGACAGCAGUGAGCAGCUCUUUGUGGCUGUAGAAGGUACAAAGUGAUAACAGUAACAUCCAGGCAUAACACUUAUAGAUCCUGCAUGUGUCUGCAGCCAGACAGAGCUGUGGCCAUAGAAUAGAAUAGUAUCUAUAGAAUAUAAUAUAACUUUAUUGCCCAUCCAGGAUGGACAUUCUUCUAGUUACCAUAUCGUUAUUGAGACUGGGCCCUCUGUGUCUCUCCUUCUCAGAGAGUUCCUGUAUGUGUCUGCAGUGCUGCGGCCCGGCCCGGUCCUGCUCCCUACAAGGUUUUGACCGCCAGGCCCGCCAGGUCUUCCUGUUUGAAAGACCCCUCAGGGUGGACGCGUGCUGCCUUGGCUGCUGCUUGAUGGAAAUUAGGGUCUACACCCCCCAAAGGCAGCUCUUAGGGAGCAUACAACAGAGGUAUGUCUAGUCUGAAAUCAACCUACAACCUCUACCUCUCUCCCAGAAUAUUUCUCACAUUUAUCCCUACUCCCACUCACUCCAGAAUCAAAACGCUGUGCAACGGACAACGAAAAGAGUGCUUCUUAAUGUUCAGAUGGUCCCUCCAUUUCAGACUGUUUCUUCUUUUUUGGGCCUAAUGCAUACGACCCAGGACUGUAAAUAGAAUGGGUGGUGCUCCUCUCUCCUCACUUCCCACUCCCACCCAAUCUCCAGGGAGGCUAAACUGGGGGGAGUUAGCACAUAGCACAGCUGUCUGGAUGGAUGCAGCCAGGCUAGCCUAUGUUGCUGGUGUCCUGGGUGGGGAGGAAUGUGGCUUUAUUCUUACUGGGAAAAACAGCUUGUGUCUGGCGGCUGCGCCUCUUGUUUUCCCUCAUUACAUCACCGUUUCCACACCACUCAAUCAAAAUGGUGGCUGAUUUAGUGGAAAAUAUGGAAAAGACUGUAGGCCUAGUUAUGUUUGACCAAACGCCCAACCUCUCUCUUGCGUUCCCUCGCUCUCUCUCUGAAAUGCCGACCCUCUCUCUCCCAAGUCUUUCUCCAGGGUCAGAUGAGGUCUCCUUUGUGUGUUUAGUUAGUAGAGCUUGCAGACAAGGCCACCAGAAUCACUGUAUCCAAUUAACAGAGCUCAGAGCAAAGUAGAAGUUUAAAUUAGAUCUGUGUUGUAUCUCUAUUCUACAGUCUGGAGGGGUCACCCUGGUAGACCUCUUAUGACACCAAGUGGACAAUGGUCUCAGUGGUGCAAUGCAAUAGAAAACUGACCAGCUGAAACCUUGAUCAUCCAACCAACCAAUCAACCCAGGCUAGGAAAUACAAAACAACAAGAACACCCACCACCCGGGAUUGGUCUCUUAUCAGCGUCUGUGAGUGGGUGCAGGAGUGGUUGUGUGUAUGGAGGGAGGUGUGUAUGUUCACCAGUUGUACCUGUUAACAGAUGGAGUAUGUUCACCCCUCUCCUGGAAGUGUGUGAUUCCGAUGGAACCUCCACUAUAAGAAUCCAGGGAUCCUGCUGCCCCUGCCGAUGCCUCUCUAACCAAGAAUUCCAGGUCAUUAUCAUUUCAGGACAUUACCACCCAUUAUGUAUGACUUUGAUUGGUCGGUUAUUUGGCUGAUUAUCAUAUUAUUUAAUUCAUUUCAGAAUCAUUAUUUCAUUAGGUAAUUUAUGCCAUAUGCAAAUGUAAAUGUCUGUUUCACCACUUCCAUUCUACUGUAUGCAUGUUUAUCUCUGUCAAACAUCAGGUGGUCUCAGCCAUCGGUGAGAAAAUUGGCUCCAUAUGGAAGAAAUGGCCUGGGUUUAACGAAGAAUGCAACAUGGAUCAUGAAUACUUUGGGUUAGAGGGUGAGUUAAGCCAUAUAGCUUUAUCUUGGCUUAAUAGCUUUACCUUCAAAACAAAUAGAAGUAUCUACUGUUCGAGAACACUGCAAAAAACCCUCUCCUCCUAAAACCGCUCAAUCCUGCAGUUCCACAGGAUAUGACAUCACAGACCAAACUUCUUCUGCUGGCGGCCACGUUCCUACUGGUAAGCAUGUAGGGAAACUCUCCCACAACCCCCCCCCCCCCCCCAGAUAGGCUACUGUGGGAAUCAAUGAAUACAAUGUGAACCUAACCUGGGUGCGCAAACUCUGUCCUCCCUACAUUGACCCUUCCACCCCCAUCUCUCUCUCAUUCUCUCCCUCUCUCUUUAGAAUUACAUGUUCUUCGAGAUGAGCUGAACUGGCACCAGUCAAUCAGAGAUAAGCAAAUUGAGGUAAUCAAAAGUGGACCAUGAGAACUGCAGAGGCCAAACGAUCAUCGGCGAGUUUCACAGCUUCGCUCGAUGCCACACCGCAGCAUCGUCAGAGAGAGAACACAUGGACAGUUGUUUGGGGGAGGGGUGCAACUGUUAGCGACACCAGAAAUGUACUAGUCUGCAUAUCAUGACCUCCUUUCCAUUAUUUUCACAAGUCAUUUAGUUGUCCUAGUAGAAGAGAUACAUUAAAUCAAACUUAAUUGAUACCUUGCAUUGGCUUAUGCUCCCAUCACAACCAUUUGACUGACUGACAAUCAGUUCAUGCUUUCUUUGUUUGGAAAGAUACAUGUUUCCACCGGUGACAUCACAGAAUAGAACACU